AUGAGGUUCGGUUCAGCCACCCCCUGGCUUCUGGCUGCCAGUCUUGGCCUAGCAAGGGUAUCUCAAGAUAAGGAUGCCAUCGCACCACAUAUGACGAAAGGAAAAUAUGUCCCCGGCGUCUACAUCGUAGAGAUAUCCGACGGCGAAAGUACAGACGAGUUCAUCUCAAGACUCGGGGCCCAAGAAGGUGUAGCCAGUGUUGAGGAGCGCAUCCGCUUCGACUCCACGGUCUUCAAGGGCACGUCUUUCAACCUUGGAAUUGUUCCCAAAAAAGACGAAGAAGAGGUCGUACGCCAGGUUGAAGCUUCGCCCGAAGUCAAGAAUAUGUGGCCUGUCGAAGUCAUCUCAUCGCCCCAACUGAAUCUAUCUUGGACGGCCCAAGGCAAACCCUUGGUGGAAGUUCAGCGGAGACAGGUUGGCAAAGCCGGUUAUUCGCCUCACAUCAUGACCCAGGUCGAUCGACUUCACGCUGAGGGAAUUACUGGGAAGGGGCUUCGGAUAGGUAUAGUUGAUACUGGCAUCGACUACACACAUCCAGCCCUUGGGGGUUGCUUCGGGCCCGGAUGCCUCGUCGAGUUCGGCGCAGAUGUCGUCGGUGACAGCUACGAUGGAAGUCAGCCACCAAACCCAGACGGAGACCCUUUUGAAGAUUGUAACGGCCACGGAACGCAUGUUGCUGGGAUAAUUGCCGCGCUGGACAACCCGCUUGGCUUCAGAGGCGCCGCGCCUGGUGUCAAAAUUGGCAUGUUCCGCGCCUUUAGCUGCUCUGACACUACGACAAUGGACGCUCUCAUGGCUGCCACCAGUAAGGCGUAUGAAGGUGGAAGUGACAUUAUCACUGGGUCAGUCGGACUGGUAAGUGGCUGGAGCCAAAACCCAUUCGCAUUGCUGGUGUCGCGUAUUGUUGAAGCCGGUGUUCCCUGCACCUUUUCAGCUGGUAACGAGGUUGGGGGCACGGAAGGCCUCUUCGGCGUCAGUGCCCCCUCAACUGGCGAUGGAGUCAUAUCGGUUUCGUCGUUCCAAAAUACCCAUGACCCAUCCUAUGACGCGACUAGCGGACAAGGUAGCGAGAUUUUGAAUAGGGAUACGGGUGGUGCCGUCAGUACUUUCACAAGCUGGGGACCAACGUUUGAUUUGAAGAAUAAACCGGAUGUUGGCGCACCGGGCGGAAAUAUUCUUUCGACUUUACCACUAGCUCAGGGUGGCUAUGGAGUUUCUUCAGGAACGUCCAUGUCCUGCCCUCUUCUUGCAAGCCAUUGUUGCUCUGGUUGUUGA